AACAUCGUAAAGACAAAGUCGAAGAGAUUUCCCCAAAGCGCUACACCACCAUCUCCGUACUUAAGCUGAAGCCGAAUGCUGAUGACGACUACACAGAAUAUUCAUGCCAGGCUAGGCACAAAGCCUUGUCCCCUGCCAUGCCGAUGCGCGCUACUGUGCAGUUGUCUGUGCUAUACCCUCCUGGCCAGCCUUACAUUGAAGGCUACACUCAAGGCGAAACACUGCGACGGGGUCAAACAGUAGAACUGGUAUGUCGAAGCCGUGGAGGUAACCCGCCGGCCCAACUCAUUUGGUACAAAAAUGGAUCACAGAUCCGCAUGGCUUACAGGACAUCGGGGAGGCUAUCCGAAAAUAUUUAUACUUUUACAGCGGAAGCAAGUGAUAAUAAGGCGCGCUUCCGUUGCGAAGCGAGCAAUGUGAUGUCCCAAAAUCCACUACGAGUUGAAGUAGAACUGACUGUACUCUUUGCUCCAAAUCACGUAAGUGUUGAGGGUCAAACCGAAGCCCGUGUAGGCGAUGUUGUACCUCUAAGCUGUACCACAGCUCCAUCUAACCCUGCAGCUGAAAUAAAAUGGAAUAUCGGUGGACGACAAAUCCGUAACGCUACAUCGCUGACUACAAUUAAUCCUGAAGGUGGUUGGAUUACAGUUUCAAACAUAACUACAGUUGUGGAACCAAAUAAACGUUCUUUGAUUGCGACGUGCAAUGGUCUAAAUAUGCAACUCACCGAGUAUGUACAGUCAACACACACGAUUAACGUUUUAUAUCCACCAUCGCCGCCAUUAAUUUCGGGUUAUAUGGAAGGACAAAUUAUUCCAGCUGGUUCAGUGCAAAAACUGCUGUGUGUUUCAUCAGGAGGAAAUCCUUUGGCCACAUUGACUUGGUACAAAAAUGAUAAGAGGAUUAAUUCAGUUAUUCGCACGGCUGACAAAUCUGUCUCUGCUGAGAUUACUAUUUUAGCUAACGUAUCAGAUAACCAAGCUCAAUACCGCUGUGAAGCAUCCAACACGGCCACCGAAAUACCAAUUUUUGAAACAACAACCCUUAGUGUGCAUUUUGCACCUGAAACUGUAAAAAUACGGAUCGAACCUGAGGAAUUAAAACCUGGCGUGAUGGCAACGAUAAUUUGUGAUUCCAGUUCAAGUAAUCCACCGGCAAAACUGUCGUGGUGGAAGGAUGGUAUUCCAAUCGAUGGCAUUAAUAAUACCUCCAAACCAGGACUUUGGGGUGGUAUAGUUUCAACUCUGGGAUUCAGGGUAAAUAUUACCCAGGAAAUGAACGGCAUUGUUUACACAUGCCAAAGUGCCAACGAAGCACUGCAGCGUAGUGUUCAUGAAGCAGUUAGCUUGGAUGUUCUGUACCGCCCUAAAUUUGUGCCACCGCCUUCGAAUACUGCAGUUGGGGUAGAAGGGGAAUCAAUGCAAGUAGUGCUUUUAGCAAAUGCGAAUCCCAUGUCAAUUGCAUAUAAUUGGAUGAAAGAUGGUCAGCAAAUUCCAUCAAGAGAUAAUGGCGAACAUCGUAUUUAUGCUGAAGGCGGUAAUUUAAAUUUUACGAAAUUGCAUAGAAGUGAUGCGGGCAUUUACACUUGUGAGGCGAGCAAUUCUCAGGGCAAAGCCAGUUUAAAUAUAACCGUAGUCGUAGAGUAUGGCACAACUAUCAAAUCGGUUUCAGAAAACGUGAUUGUAAAUCCUGGUGAAGAUGCAAUGUUGUCAUGUAGCGUAGAAGGGAAACCACUUACUGAAGAGCACGUCAAAUGGGAACGUCUUGGCUAUGACAUGACAGUUAAAACUUCAACUACAUUUGCUAAUAGCACUUCGUACUUGCACAUUAAGGACGCACAACGGGAGGAUGUUGGCAACUUUCGUUGCAUUGCCGAUAACCGUGUGGCAAAUCCAACAAAUCGUGAUGUACUUCUUAUUGUCAAAUUUGCACCAGAAAUUGAUAAGUCGCCCACACUGCUACGAGCAGCAAGUGGCACCAAUGAACGUGGUCGAUUGCCUUGCCGUGCACAAGCAUCUCCUAAACCCAACUUUAUUUGGCGGCAUGACAACGCUGAUAUAAAGAGUACACACAAAUAUGAAGUGGAAGAAAAGAAAAUAGAUUCAUUGACGUAUGAGUCAACUUUGAUUAUAGAGAAAGUCGCUCCCGCGGAUUAUGGCACUUAUGAAUGUGUUGCAAAAAAUGAAUUGGGACAAGCGGCCGAGACGGUCAGACUCGAUAUUACAUCACAACCGGAUACGCCGCUCAGUCUUAAUAUACUUAAUAUAACUCAUGAUUCGGUGACGAUGACAUGGACGCCUGGGUUUGAUGGUGGCCUUAAAGCCUCUUAUCGGGUGCGCUAUAGAGAGGCACAUCGUGAGCAGUAUAAAUACAUCGACGGAUUGCCGAAUAGUCAUAAGCUUACUAUUACGGGGUUACGUAUGAACACAUUGUAUUUAUUUUCCGUAAUGGCCUUUAAUGAUUUGGGGCAAAGCAAAUAUAUGCCUGACUUACAGCGCGCACAAACGAAAGAAGCUCCACCGCCUUCACAACCUGCCUCAUCCUUGGGUGGACCGCCUACCACGAGCUCCACACCGCUAGGAGGUACUUCAGGACUGUUGUUAUUGAUUGGAGUAGUGUCUGGCAUUACUGUUGUGUUGCUGAAUGUGUUUAUCAUCGGCUGUUGUUUGCAUAGACGUAACCAGAAGCGGCUUAAACGAGCCGAAACAGCAAAUCAACCAGGAAAGACAGCGACCAUUGAAAUGUACGCUCCGAGUUCAUACAACGACACUGUAACUGGAGAAACCUUGUCGAGUGUGUCUGAAAAAAGUGAAUCCUACUCCAACGAAGGCAGUCAGCCAGAGUAUUUAGAUGAGGCUCAUAAGAAAGCUGCUUCAACAUAUUUGGUCGAGAGUACGGAUAUGCCGCCGCCACGGUACCAAAAGGAUGGCACCUUGCCAGUUAUAUAUCCAAACAACAUGGUUAAUGCCAGAACAUUGCCACAUCCGCGACAUAACAACAAUACAGCGAACAUUAUGGAUCAACGGGCACGAGAUGAUCAAAUGCUAAUUAGUAAAGGUGUAUAUAUUCCGUCGCCUUCACCAGCACCUCCACCAGAUGGCUCCUACUACAACAUGAACAGUGACAGAUACCUGUCAUAUCCUCCAAUGGAUUAUCCACCUCAACUAGAUUUCUCAACUCCACCGCUUCCUAUGGCACACAUGCAGCCCGUUACACAAGCUUCCAUUAUUGGCGGUGCGGCAGUUCUAGGUAAUGGUAGUAGUAGCACAUUGCGACGUGGAAUAAUGCGUGGAGUUGUAGGCGUACCACCACCUGAUGUUACUCAUCAUACAACCAAUUUAGGUAGUGUACAAAUUUUGCAUGAUCUGCACCCCAUAAAUUUAUCUGGAAACUCAACACAAACCACAAACACCGCGAAUGGUAGCAUGAUGUCCGUAAUAAGCACUGCUCCCAAGCAACCUCAAAGCAUUUUGAAAGAUCCUAAUCGCAACAAACAGCAGCAACAGCAGCAGCAACAGCAACAGUUACUUAGUGCAAGUCUUGUGGGCGUAACUGCUCCGCCAGGCAGUUUACAAAUAUUAAAUAUACCUACAUCAGCGGGUAUUAGCAAUAGUUUGUUAAUGACCACAAGCGCCACAUAUGACCCAACAAAUCCACAUGGCAUGAGCACUUUUAAUGCUGGAGCCACUAUGGCCUACACCGAUGCAGACGGACAUCUUGUAUAGCUGUAGGAAGUAGCAGGGGUCGAUUCCGCUGCUUUUAUAACCAUUUUAAAUCCUAUGCCCCGUUAUUGAGGUAUCAACGGAAGAGAAUAAUAGAAUAAUAUCUACAAAUAAACUAAUUAAAUCAUAAUUAUGUAUUUAAAGACUAAAUCGUAUCAGUGUCCGCAGCAUUUCAGCCACAAUGGCGUAACGAUAUGAGGACUCAGAUAUAUGAAAAUUGCUGUGUGUUAUUUUAUUACAGAUUUUAUUAUGGUCAACUCAUUAAUACUAUGAAUUAAACGCUGAACUAUCUUACUUAUGCUGUUAAAGCACUUAUUAACGUUGAGCGGAUUAGAUCGGCUAAUAUCGCCUAUUUAAACUCACCACAUAUAAAUAUCUGAAACUAUGUAAUUAUUUUUUUUAAAUAAGUAUAUUUCUGUUCGUAAAUUCGGUUUAUAGAAACUAAUUGCCAAAGCUUUAGUUAAUGUUUAACAAGGAAGCAGCGCAAAAUAGUUG